AUGCCUUAUCUAUUUUCAACUACUUUUCUUUCUUAUUUUCCUUCACAUUUUAUUUUUUUAUCUUUCCUUUCAUUCAAAUUUCUUUCAUAUCUAUUUCUUCAUAUAAUUAUAUUUCAACUCACCUUUCUUUCUUUUCAAUUUUUCUUACUUUUGAUAAUUUCUACUUUUUUUCUCACUUCUCCUUUUUCACAUUCCCCCCUCUCAUUUAGUAUUUCUAUUUUCUUUCUGACUUCUCACUCUUUGCUUUCCCCUUUCAUCUUUAUUUUUAUUUUCUUCUCUCUUCUCACUUUUCACUUCCCACUCUCUCAUUUAGUAUUUCUAUUUUCUUCUCUCUUCUCAGUUCCCACUCUCUCAUUUAGUAUUUCUAUUUUCUUCUCUCUUCUCACAUUUCCCUUCCCACACUCUCAUUUAUAUUUUUAUUUUCUUCUCUCUUCUCACUUUUCACUUCCCACUCUCUCAUUUAGUAUUUCUAUUUUCUUCUCUCUUCUCACUUCCCACUCUCUCAUUUAUAUUUUUAUUUUCUUCUCUCUUCUCACUUUUCACUUCCCACUCUCUCAUUUAGUAUUUCUAUUUUCUUCUCUCUUCUCACAUUUCCCUUCCCACACUCUCAUUUAUAUUUUUAUUUUCUUCUCUCUUCUCACUUUUCAACUUCCCACUCUCUCAUUUAGUAUUUUUAUUUUCUUCUCUCUUCUCACUUUUCACUUCCCACUCUCUCAUUUAGUAUUUCUAUUUUCUUCUCUCUUCUCACUUCCCACUCUCUCAUUUAGUAUUUCUAUUUUCUUCUCUCUUCUCACAUUUCCCUUCCCACACUCUCAUUUAUAUUUUUAUUUUCUUCUCUCUUCUCACUUCCCACUCUCUCAUUUAGUAUUUCUAUUUUCUUCUCUCUUCUCACUUCCCACUCUCUCAGUUAGUAUUUCUAUUUUCUUCUCUCUUCUCACAUUUCCCUUCCCACACUCUCAUUUAUAUUUUUAUUUUCUUCUCUCUUCUCACUUCCCACUCUCUCAUUUAGUAUUUCUAUUUUCUUCUCUCUUCUCACAUUUCCUUCCCACACUCUCAUUUAGUAUUUCUAUUUUCUUUCUGACUUCUCACUCUUUUGCUUUCCCCUUUCAUCUUGCAUUUUUUUUUUUCAUUCUUUCUUCUCCUUUUCACAUUCCCCACUUCAUUUAG